AUGGCUACUUCUCAUAAAGGUCUGUUUCUAAAUCAAAGAAAGUAUGUUUUCGAUUUGUUGAAGGAUACAGAUAUGUGGGAUAGCAAACCAGCUAGCACUCCCCUGGACAGCAAGUUUCAACUUGAUGUAUCAAGUGAACUCCUCUUGGAUAUCAGUUCGUAUCAAAGGCUGGUUGGUAAGCUUAUUUAUCUUACUAUUACACGCCCUGAUAUAACUUAUGCAGUGAGCAUAGUUAGUCAAUUUAUGCAUGCUCCUACCAUGGCUCAUGUCCACAUUGUCAAGCGUCUUCUUCGCUACUUAAAGGGAUCUGUUGGGAGAGGUAUCCUGAUGAAACAAAAUGGCAACACAGACAUCAUGGGCUACACAGAUACUGAUUGGGCAGGAAAUUCUCUUGAUCGUAAGUCCACUACAGGUUUUUGUACCUUUGUAGGUGGUAACUUGGUUAGUUGGCGAAGCAAGAAACAAACUGUUGUUUCUCGUUCUAGUGCCGAAGCUGAAUAUCGAGCUAUGGCUUCCACUGCUUGUGAGCUGAUAUGGCUAAAGGGAUUGCUGUCUGACUUGGGAUCCCCAACUCGUCAACCAAUAUCUCUUUAUUGUGACAAUCAAGCUGUUAUGCAUAUUGCUUCUAAUCCGGUCUUUCAUGAAAGAACCAAGCACAUAGAGGUUGAUUGCCAUUAUAUUCAAGCUCAAGUCCAGUCCAAGGUUAUUGAAACUUUUUACACUCGAAGCCAAGACUAG